AUGUCGUCAGAGAACCUGGACUCAGACACUCAGCUGGAAUACGAGGACGAAAAACAGGACUCCCAGGAGAAGAACGCCAACCUCGUGAAGGCCGAGGAGGCCAAGCUGCAGGCCAAGUACCCCGGUCUCGGCCAACGACCCGGCGGCUCCGACUUCCUUAUGAAGCGGCUACAAAAAGGGCAAAAAUACUUUGACUCGGGCGACUACAACAUGGCCAAAGCCAAGAUGAAGAACAAGCAGCUUCCCGUGGCGGGGCCCGACAAAAACCUGGUGACCGGCGACCACAUCCCCACACCGCAAGACCUGCCGCAGAGGAAGUCGUCCUUGGUGACCAGCAAGCUCGCCGGCUAG